AUGGAUGCGAAAGAUGUCAACAAGGUUAAAGUUUUUAUUUUAAGUGAAACGAAAUUGAAAGUUCUAAACAUUUGGAACGAAUGCUAUAACGACGAGGUGCCCUCGCUCUCUCCAUACCAACAGGCAAUGUUCAAUCUAAUUAAACUGAACGGAAUCAGUGGUCUGAGUCAUAGUCCAACUAUGUUUGUGUUCAUGUUCACUUCCUUUGCUUUGCAAACUCAUGAGAGUAAUUAA